CUGGCCCUGACACCGGAGCUGCUGCUGCUGCUGCCGGCCCCGAGCGCCGCCGGCCCCGCUCCGGGCCAGGAUGAGCCCCGCCGCCCCGGGCAGCCCCUGAGCCCGCACAGUUUGGAAAUGAUCCAGCAUGUCUGCAGCCUGCAGCUCCACAGAAAAUAUUUGAUCAGACCUGGUUUAUAGAAGAGAGCCAGAAUUCCCAGUCUCAUGUCACCACCUUAAACCCGAGGCUUCAUCUCUGGCAGCUUUUAAACAGAACACCGGUAUCGGGCUGGCAGCAUUCAUGAGCCUUUAGGAACAGAAGGAGAAGGAGCUGAAGGAUGCUGAGCAGGAGGAGAAGGGCGUGAGGCUGCAGGAUGCCAGCGUGUGCCCCCGAGCCCUGCAGCGCUGCCAGGUAAAAUCAGACUAUGACCAUCUUCGAGAAACCUUUCUCAGAGUGACCAAAGAACGAGAUUUGGCUGUAAGGGGAAAACACCAGCUCCAAGCCAAGCUGGAGAACCUAGAGCAGGUCCUAAAGCACAUGCGAGAGGCUGCGGAACGGCGGCAACAGCUGGAGCUGGAGCAUGAGCAAGCCUUGGCUGUCCUCAACGCCAAACAGCAGGAGAUCGAGCUGCUGCAGAAGGCUCAGGUUGAAGCUAAGAAGGAGCAUGAAGGAGCAGUUCAGUUGCUAGAGGCCAAGGUGCGGGAGCUGGAGGAGAAAUGCCGGACUCAGAGCGAGCAGUUUAACCUCCUGUCGCGGGAGCUGGAGCGGUUCCGGCAGCAGGCGGGCAAGAUCGACCUCCUGAGCAGCAACUCCCUGGCACCCCCGGGCCUGGCCGGGGCUCCUGGAAAAUCCCUGUCCCAGCUGAUGAAUGGAAUUGCCACUUCCAUAGGCAAAGGUCAUGAAAGCCCUUCUGGAAGUCGCUGUGUGAUUUCAGAGUUCAUCCGGCCCCUUCAGAUAUCUGGAGACAAACCAGAACAGCUGUCUGUCAAACCUACAUUCCUGUCCAAGUCAAGAGCUGGGACCCCAAGAUGCAGAUUUGAUUCAGACAUGGAUAAUGAUCAGAAUUCCAAUACCUCAAAGCAGAGAUAUUCUGGGAAAGUCCACCUUUGCAUUGCCCGGUACAGCUACAACCCCUUUGAUGGACCAAAUGAGAACCCGGAGGCGGAGCUCCCUCUCACAGCAGGAAAGUACCUCUAUGUCUACGGGGACAUGGACGAGGACGGCUUCUACGAAGGAGAACUUCUGGAUGGACAAAGAGGACUGGUCCCUUCGAACUUUGUGGAUUUUGUUCAGGACAACGAGAGCCGGUUGUCGAGCACACUGAGCAGCGAGCAGGAUCAGAAUUUCAUCAACCGCUCGGGCCCUCCCCUGGAAGGAGAUCUGCUGGAGAUCAGUCCCCCGAGUCACCUCGACUCCAGCGUGCUCAGCAACGGCGCGGGGACGCUGGAUGUGAACAUCGAUGAGAUUGGAGAAGACAUUGUGCCUUAUCCCAGAAAAAUCACCCUUAUCAAACAACUCGCCAAAAGUGUUAUUGUGGGCUGGGAGCCACCGGUGGUGCCGCCCGGCUGGGGAACCGUCAGCAGCUACAACGUCCUGGUGGACAAGGAGAUCAGGAUGAACGUGGCCCUGGGCAGCAGGACGAAAGCCCUGAUAGAAAAGCUCAACAUCUCCACCUGCACGUACCGGAUAUCCAUCCAGAGCAUCACCAACAAGGGCAACUCCGACGAGCUGCAGUGCACCUUGCUGGUGGGCAAGGACGUCAUCGUCGCCCCCUCCAACCUCAGAGUGGACAACAUCACCCAGAUUUCUGCUGAGCUGUCCUGGCUCCCCACCAACAGCAAUUACAGUCAUGUCAUCUUCCUGAACGAGGAGGAGUUUGACAUUGUCAAGGCUGCUAGCUACAAGUACCAUUUUUUUAAUUUGAAGCCCAACAUGGCCUACAAGGUGAAGGUCAUGGCAAAGCCCCACCAGAUGCCCUGGCAGCUUCCCCUGGAACAGCGAGAAAAAAAGGAAGCCUUUGUGGAAUUUUCUACAUUGCCAGCAGGUCCUCCAGCCCCACCUCAAGACGUGUCUGUCCGGGCAGGGUCCACGCCAGGGACCAUCCAGGUGUCCUGGAAGCCGCCGGUGCUGUCGGCGACGGGGACGUCACACGGUGCCAGCGUCACGGGCUACGGUGUCUACGCCAAAGGCCAGCGGGUGGCAGAGGUGAUGUUCCCAGCAGCCGAGAGCGCGCUGCUGGAGCUGCGCAGCCUGCGGAGCCUGGACGCCAGGGAAGUGACGGUCCGGACGCUCUCCGCGCAGGGAGACUCGCUGGACUCUUGUGUUGCUGCCAUUCCAUCUGACCUCCUGGUGCCUCCAACCCCUCACCCCAGAACUGCUCCCAAAUCUAAGCCAUUAGCAAGUGCCGGAGCCCCAGAAACCAAAGAAGAACACUUAGGCCCACAUUUAAAAAGGGAUGAGUCGUGGGAGCAGACUCGUUCGGUGUCCCCUGUCCACGGACACAUGCUGGAGCCACCCAACUUCCACGGCCCACUCCAGGGGAGGAGAUCUCCAUCCCCCAACAGGAUCCUGCCCCAGCCUCAAGGCACUCCAGUCCCCAACACCGUCGCAAAAGCCAUGGCAAGAGAAGCUGCACAGAGAGUGGCAGAGAGCAACAGGAUGGAGAGGAGGAGCGUUUUCAGCGAGAGGAGCAGCGCGGCCCCGUUCUCCGAUGAGGAGGAGGAUGGUUACGACUCCCCCAAGGUCAAGCGAAGGGGAGCCUCGGUUGAUGAUUUCCUGAAAGGGUCAGAACUUGGCAAGCAGGCUCACUACUGCCACGGGGAUGAGUACCAGACGGAGAGCAGCCGCGGCUCCGACCUGUCCGACAUCCUGGAGGAGGAUGAGGAGGAGCUCUACUCCGAGAUGCAGCUGGAGGAGGGCGGCCGGCGGCGCCUCAGCCUCACCUCGCACGGAGCGCUCAAGCUUUUAGGUAACCCAGCCUCGGCAGGACGGGUGGACAGGGUGGAGCACGUGGGGCGGAGAUCGUCCCAUGGCAGCGCGGGGCCACCGAGGGCUCGGCCGGUCUUGGUCCCCUCCAUGGAUGGCUACGGUGGCCAUGACCAUCUUUCUCCAGAUAUUUUUGAGGAGUCUGAAACAGAUCCUGGCACUGAAGAUCUUUCCACUCGAAUAUUUGUUGCACUUUUUGACUACGAUCCACUGACGAUGUCCCCAAACCCCGAUGCUGCAGAGGAGGAGCUGCCAUUUAAAGAAGGACAGAUCAUUAAGGUUUAUGGGGACAAAGAUGCUGAUGGAUUUUACCGUGGAGAAACCUGUGCCAGAGUUGGCCUUAUCCCCUGUAAUAUGGUCUCUGAGAUACAAGCAGAUGAUGAAGAGAUGAUGGAUCAGCUUCUCAAACAAGGUUUCCUUCCUUUGAACACUCCAAUUGAGAAAAUCGAGCGGGGCCGGCGCGGGCGGCAGCAGCAGCUCAGCACCAGGAGGAUGGUGGCUCUCUACGAUUACGACCCCAGGGAGAGCUCCCCGAACGUGGAUGUGGAGGCUGAGCUGACGUUCUGCACCGGGGACAUCAUCACCGUCUUCGGUGAGAUCGAUGAAGAUGGAUUUUAUUACGGUGAACUCAAUGGACAAAAGGGGCUGGUUCCUUCCAACUUCCUUGAAGAAGUGCCUGAUGAUGUUGAGGUGUUUCUCUCCGACGCACCCUCGCGCUACGUCCACGACACACCCACGCGAUCCAAGGCAAAAAGGGUUCCUCCUGAGAAUACAGGUACACCCCGGAGAGCAGCAUCCCCCACAGCUCAUCUCCAUUCCGGGUCACCUCCGUCUCCGGUGAUGGGCUCUGGUAGUCCCGGGAGAGGCAGGGAUAUGGCCUCGAAAAAGAAAAAGGGGCUGCUUUCCAAAGGCAAGAAACUGCUGAAAAAGCUUGGUGCAGUGAAAUGAGUCCUGUGCUCCUGGACAACUUGUAAAGCUUCCAGUCUGUGUACUUCUUCUUUUUCUUUUUUUUUUUUUUUUUUUAAAGUCAAAACUAGGGCUUUCAUGACUAUGCAGUACUUUACCAGACCUUUGCAUUUUUAACUCUGACAUCAAUAGAAUCAUGUGAAUCACUUAAUCAAAACAGCAAGAAAAAAAGGGAAGUGGAUCUGUUGUUGGUAAAAACAUUAUUUAAAAAGUAAAAAAAUCAAAAAAUGAAUAAAUAUUGUGGGAUUAAGGCCAGAAGAACAUGGUUUUAUUUGAAGUCAACACCUGCAACUCCAUUGGAAAAAUCUCAGCCUUUAUUCUCCUUUAACCAUGAGUGGGGGGAGAAAACUCUCUUCACUGAUUGCUAGCUCAGAGAGAUCACCCCACUGUAUCCAAUCAUUAGCAUUAACAACAAUGGUCUUGAAACUCCUAGUUGAAUCAGCCUUGAUGUUUUGCCUUAUUAAUGCACAAUGAUUUGUACUGUCUAAUAAAUAUGCAGCGUAUACUUUGUAUGUACUGUGUAUUCCGCUGUCUCCAUCCUCCCUCCCUCCCUCCCUCCUGCGGGAUUCCAGAUCAGAUCCUGCCCCCGAUGAGCUCCUGGAGUGUGCAAGUGCUGUGCUCAACGCUACAUUUGAGUUUUUGCUGCCCCAGUACAACCCAAAGCCCUGUGUUGAUUUGUCCUCCUCACUCUGCUGGACGGGGCAGGGUGAGGGGCUCAGAACCCUUCCAAGCACCCGAGCUCCAGCUUUGGGCUCCUGGUUCUCUUCCAAGCCCCUGGGACAAAGCCAACUCCACGCCCACCCCCUUUUCUUUAUCCCCGUUUUCCCUGUGGGGUUCAGGCCGAGGUUGAAGGUGUUUUCAGGGUGCUGCUGGCAGCUCCAGGCUGCAGCAGCUCUGCAGGGAGGGACAGGCUGUCCCAGCCCCAGCCCCAGCUGCGCCGGGCUCCGAGCACACGGGAACCAGGAGAAGCUCCCCACACACCGAUGGCAGUCAUUGGCUGGUACUAUUUUGUAAUUCUUGUCCAUUUGUAAAUUGUUUUUACUGUUUAUACAUACUUUUCAGACUGCCUUUCUUUUUGUAAUUUAUGGAAGGUUUAUAAAUGAAUGAUCAAAGCUUCCCCAUUGUGUCUUCAGAUAACAAUGUAAAUUACUGUAAAAUACUGUGUGCUAGAUUAUAACAUUUAAUUAAAGAAAAUAACUGGCCUCCGUUUGUGGUAAAGUACUGUGUGGGUGUGUGCAU